UGACAGAAGAUGUUACACCAGUUUUCUCUCUGCAAAUGGUUGCCUUUAGGGAUUAUUCUUGGCACUCUCUUCCCAUUUGGCUCUGGCCAGCAUGAGGAUGAUUGUAAGCUCGCCAGGGGAGGCCCACCUGCAACAAUAGUCGCCAUUGAUGAAGAAAGUAAAAAUGGUACAAUCAUCGUGGACAACAUGCUCAUCAAAGGGACAGCUGGGGGCCCCAAUCCUACCAUUGAGCUCUCAUUAAAGGACAACACGGAUUACUGGGUGAUGCUGGAUCCAGUCAAACAGAUGCUCUUCCUAAAUAGCACUGGCAGAGUCCUGGACAGAGAUCCACCGAUGAAUAUCCAUUCCAUUGUGGUGAAAGUCCAGUGUGUGAACAAAAAAGUGGGUACCGUUAUUUACCAUGAAGUUCGAAUUGUGGUGAGAGACAGAAAUGACAACUCUCCUACUUUCAAGCAUGAGAGCUACUACGCCACUGUGAAUGAGCUAACACCAGUAGGAACCACCAUAUUCACAGGGUUUUCUGGAGAUAAUGGAGCCACAGACAUAGAUGAUGGCCCCAAUGGACAGAUUGAAUAUGUCAUCCAGUACAACCCAGAUGACCCGACCUCCAACGACACCUUUGAGAUCCCUCUCACAUUGACUGGAACUGUCGUACUGAGGAAGAGACUUAAUUAUGAAGAUAAGACCCGUUACUAUGUCAUCGUUCAAGCUAAUGACCGAGCUCAAAAUCUUAAUGAACGGAGAACAAGUACCACCACACUCACAAUAGAUGUCCUUGAUGGAGAUGAUCUGGGGCCAAUGUUUCUUCCUUGUGUCCUGGUGCCCAACACUCGAGACUGCCGUCCUCUCACCUACCAAGCUGCCAUCCCAGAACUGAGAACACCGGAAGAACUGAACCCCAUCAUUGUCACUCCCCCAAUCCAAGCCAUUGAUCAGGACCGGGACAUCCAGCCACCUUCUGAUCGCCCUGGGAUCCUCUAUUCCAUCCUCGUGGGGACUCCUGAAGAUUAUCCCCAGUACUUCCACAUGCAUCCGAGGACUGCAGAGCUCAGCCUCCUGCAGCCCGUAAACAGGGAUUUCUACCAGAAAUUUGAUUUGGUGAUUAAGGCAGAACAAGAUAAUGGUCAUCCUCUCCCUGCAUUUGCCAGCCUUCAUAUUGAAAUCCUGGAUGAAAACAACCAGAGCCCUUACUUCACAAUGCCCAGUUAUCAAGGCUAUAUCCUGGAGUCUGCCCCUGUUGGUGCAACCAUCUCAGACAGUCUCAACUUGACCACCCCUCUCAAAAUUGUUGUCUUGGACAAGGAUGUAGAGGAUACAAAAGACCCAGAGGUCCAUCUCUUUCUGAAUGACUAUACCUCGGUCUUCACUGUGACUCCAUCUGGUAUAACACGCUACCUCACCUUGCUUCAGCCAGUGGACAGGGAAGAACAGCAGUACUACACCUUCUCGAUAACUGCAUUUGAUGGUGUCCAAGAAAGCAGUCCUGUUACAGUCAACAUCAAGGUGAUUGAUGCGAAUGACAACACUCCAACCUUCCCUGCAAUCUCCUAUGAUGUCUAUGUUUACACAGACAUGAGCCCUGGGGACAGCGUCAUACAGCUCACUGCAGUAGACGCAGACGAAGGGUCAAAUGGGGAGAUCUCAUACCAGAUACUCGUUGGGGAUCAGGGAGACUUCGUCAUCAAUAAAACCACGGGUCUUAUUACCAUCGCACCGGGAGUGGAAUUGACAGUGGGGCGAACCUAUGCCCUCACCGUGCAAGCAGCUGACAAUGCCCCACCUGCAGAGAGAAGGGAUUCUAUUUGCACUGUCUAUAUUGAAGUACUUCCUCCAAACAACCAGAGUCCUCCCCGCUUCCCCCAACUGAUGUACAGCCUUGAAGUCAGUGAAGCCAUGAGGAUUGGGGCCGUUUUGUUGAAUCUCCAGGCAACCGAUCGAGAGCAUGAUCCAAUAACAUAUGCAAUCGAGAAUGGAGAUCCUCAGCGAGUUUUCAACCUUUCAGAAACCACUGGAAUCCUUACCUUGGGAAAAGCAUUGGACAGAGAAAGCACAGACCGCUACAUUUUGAUAGUCACUGCUUCUGAUGGCAGACCAGAUGGGACUUCAACAGCCACUGUGAACAUCGUAGUGACAGAUGUAAACGACAAUGCUCCAACUUUUGAUCCGUAUCUGCCAAGAAACUUAUCUGUGGUUGAAGAAGAAGCCAAUGCUUUUGUUGGGCAAGUUAGGGCCACAGAUCCAGAUGCUGGCAUAAAUGGUCAAGUACACUAUAGUCUGGGAAACUUCAACAAUCUUUUUUGGAUCACUUCAAAUGGAACUAUCUACACGAGAGUGAAGCUUAACCGGGAAGUAAGAGACUACUAUGAACUUGUUGUGAUAGCGACAGAUGGAGCUGUGCAUCCUCGGCAUUCGACAUUGACCCUGGCAAUAAGGGUCUUGGAUAUCGAUGACAAUAGCCCUGUUUUCACCAACUCGACCUACACAGUUGUUGUGGAAGAGAAUCUUCCAGCCGGAACCAUCUUUCUUCAAAUAGAGGCAACUGAUAUUGACCUGGGUGCCAAUGUUUCCUACCGGAUCCGAAGCCCAGAAGUGAAACACUUAUUUGCCUUGCACCCCUUCACAGGAGAAUUAUCCCUGUUGAAGAGUUUGGAUUAUGAAUCCUUUCCAGAGAAUGAAGCCUACAUCACUUUUCUCGUGGAAGCCUUUGAUAUUGGAGGAACCAUGCCCCCAGGCAUUGCCACUGUCACAGUGAUCGUGAAGGAUAUGAAUGAUUAUCCUCCCGUGUUUUCCAAGCGUCUCUACAAAGGGAUGGUUGCUCCAGAUGCAGUCAAGGGCACACUGAUCACUACUGUUUUUGCUGAAGAUGCUGAUCCUCCAGGGUUGCCAGCAAGCCAUGUGCGGUACCGAGUGGAGGAUAAACAAUAUCCUUACCCGGCAAGCAUAUUUGACGUAGAAAAAUAUUCAGGACGUGUAAUCACUCGAGUAAAUCUCAAUGAAGAACCAAGUACAAUAUUUAAGCUGGAGGUUGUUGCUUUUGAUGAUGGGGAACCUGUGAUGUCUGGAAGUGCCACAGUGAAAAUCCUCGUCUUGCAUCCUGGAGAAAUCCCACGCUUCACACAAGAGGAAUAUAGACCACCUCCAGUAAGUGAACUUGCACCAAUAGGGACUCCAGUUGGUGUUAUCAACGCAGCAGCCAUCAAUCAAAGUAUUGUAUAUACUAUUGUUUCAGGAAAUGAAGAUGAUCACUUUGGGAUUAAUAAUGUCACAGGCGUGAUCUAUGUCAAGUCACUUCUCGAUUAUGAAACAAAGACAAGCUAUGUGCUCCGAGUCCAGGCUGAUUCCUUGGAAGUGGUUCUGGCCAAUCUGCGGGUACCUUCUAAAAGCAACUCAGCCAAAGUGUACAUUGAGGUUCAGGAUGAGAAUGAUCAUGCUCCGGUCUUUCAGAAAAAGUUAUACAUCGGAGGAGUGUCUGAAGAAGCGCUGAUGUUUUCCUCUGUGCUCAGAGUGAAGGCAACUGAUAAAGACACCGGUAAUUAUAGCGCCAUGGCGUAUAGACUUAUCAUACCUCCAAUUAAAGAAGGAAAGGAAGGAUUUGUGGUGGAGACAUAUACAGGUCUUAUAAAAACUGCCAUGCUGUUCAAGAACAUGAGGAGGUCCUACUUCAAGUUCCAGGUUGUUGCAACGGAUGAUUAUGGGAAAGGGCUAAGUGGCAAAGCUGAUGUCCUGGUAUCUGUGGUCAAUCAGCUGGACAUGCAAGUCAUCGUCUCCAAUGUGCCCCCAACACUUGUGGAGCAAAACAUCAAAGAACUGACAGAGAUUUUGGAUCGCUAUGUGCAAGAUCAGAUUCCUGGUGCCAAAGUUGUGGUGGAAUCCAUUGGAGCCCGGCGGUUUGGAGAAGCCUAUUCUCAAGAAGACUAUACCAAAUCUGACCUGGUUGUCUAUGCAAUUGACCCCCAAACCAACAGAGCAAUCAGCAGGAAUGAACUUUUUAAGUUCCUAGAUGGGAAACUGCUAGAUAUCAAUAAAGAUUUCCAGCCAUAUUACGGUGAAGGAGGACGGAUUUUGGAAAUCCGCACACCUGAUGCAGUGGCAUUGGUUAAGAAACAUGGGCAGUCUUUUGGCUAUACUGAAGGAGCACUGCUUGCACUAGCCAUGAUCAUCAUCCUCUGCUGUAUUCCUGCCAUCUUGGUCGUGUUGGUCAGCUACAGACAGUUUAAAGUACGUCAAGAAGAAUGCACCAAGACUGCUAAAAUGCAGGCCCUGGCAGCACCGAAGCCAGCAGCCCCAGCACCAGCAGCAGCAGCAGCAGUGCCUCCUCCACCACCACCACCACCUCCCCCAGGGGGUCCCCAUCUCUACGAGGAGCUGGGUGGAAGUACAAUGUAUGAAAUGCCCCAGUAUGGAAGUCGGCGCCGGCUGCUGCCACCUGCUGGUGAGGAGUAUGGAGAAGUGGCCGGAGAAGCUGAAGAAGACUAUUACCCAGAGGAGGAGUGGGCCAGGAAAAAAAUGAUCCAGUUGGCUGUUGAUCGAGAAUAUGAAACCAGCUCUACUGGAGAAGACAGUGCCCCUGAGUGCCAGAGGACCUGCCUCCACAAUCCUCAAGUUCACAACAAUAUCAAUGGCAACAUCUACAUUGCUCAGAAUGGGUCAGUGGUGAGGACGCGCCGAGCUUGCCUCACCAACAAUUUGAAAGUCCCUUCCCCUGUCAAGAUGGGGAAGCAUUUUAAGAAGCUUGACAAGUUAGCAGUGACACAUGAAGAAAGUGUCCCACUGAACACAUUAUCCAAGGGGGCAUUUUCCAGUGAGAAACUGAACACUAGGCCACCUCUUGUUUCCUUUGCCCCUAGCCCAAUGGGGGCAGACGGUUCUACAGGAAAACUUGGGGGUGGCAGGAUCAAAAGCACAGCAGAACAGGAGUCCAGGAUUGACAGUCAAGACGUGAAGGGGGUCUUAGAAUUCCCAAGCGACCAUACGCAGUCAGAUGAUGAGGAGCUCUGGAUGGGUCCUUGGAACAACCUCCACAUACCAAUGACAAAACUGUGACCAAUUUUUAGAUUUUAUUUUCAUUUUUACUUGAGUUUGUAAUAAACAAGGCUUUUUAUUGUCACCAAGAAAAUAACAUAUUGGGAUUUGUACUGUGCACAGAAGUUGUAACUUUGGAUAAGCUGCUUUAAACGAGGAAGAAGGAUUUGCACUCGGAUUUGUAUCAGUUAAUUGUUCUUCCCAGUAAUUCUUUUUGAAAGGCACUCAAUUCACUAAAAAA